CGCGUACUCGAAAUAUAAUGUACACCCGCGUGUACAUGGCUGUAUCCUCUCUCUCUUCAACGUUCCAGCCAUACACCAACUCAUAGGCAAUAUCUACCUAAAACACGCACUUACCCGCACACCGUGAGUGACUCUGUUUGAAUUCUUGUGCCGUAGGAUGCCUCCAACAUUUUUGCUAUCCCUGAUUCAGAUCAAACGGUUCAGAUUCCUCCCUGUCUUGUUUUAGAUCUCCAUUUUUCUUCCUUUUUCCAUUUUCGUCUUUCCCUCGAUUGUCGCAGCAAAUAUAUAUAUAUAUAUAUAGAGAGAGUACAAGAUAUUAAUUAAUUGUGUACUUUCUUUAAUAGAACCUUCAGCUCAGUUCAGAUCUCUCUUUGUUUAAAUAGCCGAUAUUUUAUUCCCUAACAGAUCUGUACGGUACAGCCCUCAGAAAAGAGGAGAUCUACUUUUGGCUUGCCAUGGCAACGACCACUAUCCGAAAGGCGAUAGGGGCGGUGAAGGACCAGACAAGCAUAGGAAUAGCCAAAGUGGCGAGCAACAUGGCACCGGAGCUGGAAGUUGCUAUUGUUAAGGCUACAAGCCAUGAUGAUGAACCUGCUGGAGAGAAGUACGUAAGGGAGAUUCUCCAAUUGACUUCUUAUUCUCGUGGCUAUGUGAGUGCCUGUAUGUCGGCAAUUUCCAAAAGAUUGGGCAAAACCCGGGAUUGGAUUGUUGCCCUCAAGUGUUUGAUGCUAAUUCACCGACUUCUCAAUGAUGGAGAUGCUGUAUUUCAGCAAGAAAUUAUGUAUGCUACGAGGAGGGGAACAAGGCUGCUCAACUUGUCGGAUUUCAAAGACGAGGCUCACUCGAAUUCGUGGGAUCAUUCGGCUUUUGUGAGGACUUAUGCUUUGUAUUUGGAUCAGAGGUUAGAAUUGAUGGUUUUUGAGAGGAAGCAAAAUGGUAGUACUGGUGGAGAGAUUGAGAGGUAUGGAUCUAGAGAAGAACAUUUUAGAUCGCCCCCGAGUUCUAACCGAGGGCAUGAGUAUGAUUUUGGGGAGUUUAGAGAUGAGCCUGGUUAUGGAAUGAGGAGGUCGAGAUCGUCAGGGGAUGUGCGAGAGUCAAUACAGGAGAAUAAAGAAGUGACUCCAUUGAGAGAGAUGAAGCCUGAGAGGAUUCUUGGAAAGAUGACUCAUUUGCAGAGACUGCUAGAUCGGUUUUUAUCUUGUAGACCGACUGGUUUGGCUAAGAAUGAAAGGAUGGUGUUAGUUGCCUUGUACCCUAUGGUGAAAGAAAGUUUUAAGAUUCAUACAGAUAUAUGUGAUGUUUUGGCUCUUCUGUUGGAUAAAUUUUUUGAUAUGGAGUUUGAGGAUUGUGUCAAGGCCUUUGAUGCCUAUGCUAGUGCAGCAAAGCAGAUUGAUGAGUUGGUGGGAUUCUAUGACUGGUGCAAGGAUAUUGGUGUGACAAGGUCGUCAGAGUACCCAGAAGUUGCGAGGAUUACAAGCAAGCUAUUAGAUACAUUGCAAGAGUUUGUGAGGGAUAGGGCUAAAGCAACGAAGAGUCCUGAGAGGAAAGUAGAGAGCCAGUCGACUCCACAGGAACAGGAGCCAGCACCAGAUAUGAAUGAAAUCAAAGCAUUGCCACCACCAGAGGAUUAUACUCCUCCACCGCCUCCUGAACCAGAGCUUCCCAAGCCUGUUGUACAGGAAACUGGCGAUUUGGUGGAUUUGAGGGAGGAGGGUGUUACUGCCGAUGAUCAGGGGAAUAAAUUAGCCUUGGCAUUGUUUGCGGGGUCAGGAACAAGCAAUGCAAAUGGGUCAUGGGAAGCAUUCCCAUCCAAUGGGGAAACUGAGGUUACGUCUGCUUGGCAGAAUCCAGCGGCUGAGAGUGGUAAGGCUGACUGGGAGCUUGCUUUGGUGGAGACAGCAAGUAAUUUGUCUAAGCAGAAGGCGGCAUUGGGUGGUGGACUUGAUCCACUAUUGUUGAAUGGCAUGUAUGAUCAGGGUGUGGUUAGGCAACAUGUAGCCACUGCGCAGUCGAGUGGUGGCAGUGCCAGCAGUGUGGCGUUGCCGGGACUAGGGAAAAGUGCUACACCUGUUCUGGCACUCCCUGCACCUGAUGGAACAGUCCAGACAGUUGGACAAGACCCCUUUGCUGCAUCUUUGAGUGUUCCACCACCUUCUUAUGUGCAAAUGGCAGAUUUGCAGAAGAAAGAGCAAUUGCUAGCACAGGAACAGAUGGUAUGGCAGCAGUAUGCCAGGGAUGGCAUGCAAGGUCAAAUGAGUUUGGCCAAGAUCUCUACUGGAGGAUACUAUGAUCCAGGGCAACCCCCUGCGAUGUCCUAUGCAAUGCCGCCAGUAAACGGUGCAGGAGCCUUCAUCUUAAGCUGCUCUAAACCAGAUUCUAGGUCGGUCUGUCUUGUGAGAGAAUAUGGCGUGGGCUGUCUCAACUUUGUCAUAGAUGCUUUGACUUUGGUUUGAUUGGAUUCGGAAGCAUACUGAUUGAGCAGCUGGAUCAAGGCCCCAAUGAAAUAGGACGAAAUAUUCUUUCAUUCAAAGCCAACUCACUCUCAGGGAAUGUGAGCUUUGCAAUAGUUCAAGAUGGAAUGAUUGAGCUCUUGCCUAAGAGAAGAGCUUAAUAAAGCAUAGAUGAAUUUUCGACAACAAAAAAAGCUUUUCUCCCAGGUUGAGGUGAUAGAACAGAUUAUGACCGAUGAAGUCUGAUGCGUGCAUAUACUACAAAAGAUCUGUUAAAUUUCGGAGACUAAAUAGAACAUCUGCAAAUUGCACGAAUUGGGGCAGUUGGCCUAAGAUCAGCAAAUUUGAUGCAAUUUUCAGGGGUUACGGACCCCUGCAGUAAAGAUAUUUUGUUUUACGAAAUCCUUCCCACGGGGCCUUUUCCCCCUCUCUGAUUCUUUCCCCAAAAUACCUUCGACUAUGCUAAGCUGCAGCGACAGAAUCCUAACCCUAAUCCCUCUCUUUGCGAUUCAAGCUCCGCCUUUCAGCAUAGCAGCCACCAAACACUCUCCUCCGCUUGCUCUUUCUCAAUCACUGUCUCUCUCCACACACAUGGAGUCAUCAUAGCUGCAGCAGGGAUGAUGCAGCGGUCCUCACAGCAGCUGAGUCUUAGUCUCUUAGAAGAUAAUGAUGAAGGACCAAGCCUCUCUUUCUCUCUCUAACAACUAUGAAGAAGAAGAUGAAGUGAGUGUAUGCAUGUCACUCAUCCUCUAUCUCUUCUCUCAACAUCCUUCUGAUAGAUUGAGCUCAAUUUCGUUGAUUUGAAGGCUUCUCCAAGCUUAUAGGAUGAUUUUGGAGAAUUGUAUAAAAUCAGGUUCAGGCCAAUGAAGAAAGUAUUAGUGUUUUUAGAAGUUUGAGCUAUUUAAUCAGAUAUGCUUCACUAUAGCCUCGCAUGGGCGUGUAAAGAAGAAUUACAAAGCAAGCAGAAGAAAAAAGAAAAAUUUAAUGCGUAGAGCAAGAUGUUUUGUCUAGCCAGAGAGGAUAAGUGGAAACUUCAAGAAAUCUGAGUUUCUGAGUAGCAUCAGAAACUGCAUUUUCUUAAUAUUCACCUUGAAUAUCAGUUCUAUGUUGUUGUAGCACAGGCUCUUACAAGUUACUAUUAUUUAUGCCUUCGCUUUUAAAAGUGUUACUGUGCUUGAUAUUAAUUCUUGAUGCAUAUUUAUUCAGGGAGCUUUUGCUCUAUUAUAAAUGAUAGUUUGGAGUGUGUCGAUAAAUAAGCACUGAUAUUUUGACAUCAUGUCCCUUUCUGAAUUGAACUGACUCACUUAUUCUAGGUGAAGCAACUUAUAUGCUCUUGGAUUGAAUUACAUUUGUUCAGGAUUGUCUGAGGGAAUAAUGAUGUUUGGCAACUUUUUUAAGCCUUGUGUUUACCUAUCUGAAAAAGUUGUCGGAGAUGUUCCUUUGAUAAGUAUCUUGGGAUUCAUUAUGUUGUUAUUUUAAAAUUGAGUACACCACGCGUAGCCUGAUUGCCUAACCUGACUACCUUCUAUAUACUGAAUAUCGCUUAUACUCAUCUCAAU